AGAGCCCUCAAGACGUGGAGCGAGGCACGUGGCUGUUGUUUGCUCCUCGCGGCCCAGGGGGUUGUGGGAUCAACGGGGUAAUUAAAAGGAUACAGAGUGGCGGCCUCGGACUGUACACCAGAUAUCAAAAGGAUACGCACAAAGAUGGUGCAAGACCGACCGAGAUCAUCCUUUGAAUCCCUUUCCGCCAUGGACAGACCGACGCUCAUGAAGAAACUAAAGAAGGAACAGAAUUUCAAAAUUGUAAAGCCCACUGUAAACGCGCCGAAGAUUAUUGACAAAGUAUUUCAUAGGAGUCGUCAGCCCCAGUCCGUGUACUACUUUACGAGUGGAAGAAAGGUCAAUCCUCAAGUCGUAAAUGAGCUGGAGAAGAAGAAGAAGGCGUACUCUUUCCCGCCGAUUCCACCAGUCGGAGUACCACAUAAGGUGCUUAGGCAAGUCGAAAAAGAUAAUCUAAAGGAGAAAGAGAGGGGUCUGAGUGCGAUGGAAAAGCCGUCUAGGAGAAUGAGACUGAUGGAAAAUCUUGCUGAGCGAGUUUACGUUCCACCGAGAGGAAAAUUUCAUUUUCCCUCCGAUAGCCGAAUAGUUGACGAUCAAUAUUUUGCGGUCAUAAAGGGAAGACCUAUUAAAGAGAAAUUCUCAGUCAGAAACUACAUACAAGAAGUAAGAGAAACCCUUUUGACGAACUUGAGGACCGGAUUUUUACAGGAUGAAGUAUAUUUAAUCGAUGAGCAGCAUCGAAAUGAGAAGAGAAGCAUUACAGAGUUAACGGAAUUGUUCAAAAACUACUACGCGUCCUUUAAGGAGUUUGAGGCUCAAGACCACGAGGAGUGGUUGUUGGUCAGGCGUACGGCCGAUGAUAUGGCAGCGGAAACUAGCGACAUGAGAGCGGAACUGAAGCAGCUGAUGAAGGAGCUAAGCCAGAUCCGGUGCAAUCUCUACGUUCUCGAGGAGAAGUGGAGGAAUUGCAAGCUUUGCCAGAUAUUCUUGCACCAGAUCAGUCCCCUGUCCUGGCAGGAAGAACACCCCCUGCGGGACAAAAACGGCAAAGAGAUCACCAGUAUCAACGACAUGUUCGAUAGGUACAAACUGGACACGGAGGGCUCCGUGCAGUCUUUGAACGAGCUGAUAGAUAUUUUCCAAGAGGAUAUUGCUGCAGAAGAGCGCCCUCCAGAGCUGUACUUCACCGAUCCCUGGCAGGUGAGGCUGGUCUUCAGAGAAAUGGAACUGCAGCAUCUGAGCUCUCUUUUGAUAAUCGAGAGUAUAAGAAAGCCAAAAGACACCAUGCUGCAAGGGCUACAGGCGGUCAAGGAGUACUAUGACGCCGAGAUCAAGACGAUAGAGGACCAAUUGGAGAAUGCAGAAAAACACAUCAAGCAGGAAGAAGAGCGAGCGGAGAUGUUGGAGGGGGUUGCGAAAGACUUGUUGAACACGGAAAUCAAAUACCUGGUGUCUUCGGAAACAACGAUUUUGACCCACGUGUUCGUAGAGCACGCGUACGAAGAGUGUAUCGCAAGUGGGGAUACGGAUAUGACAACCAUCGAGACCCUCCAGGCACUCAAACUUCUCUACGAAGACCUGAUGAUCAAGCUGGACUCGCUGCCUUGUGACAUAGUGAAGGAGGCCGAAGCUGCUGUCCAAACCAAGAACGCCAUAGCACUGGAGAAGGCCCACCAAGCUAGAAGACAGGUCGCACUCUUGGACAACCUCUCCAAGAGCAUGAAGCGUGCCCUCGACAAACCCUUCGUGCGCCACGGCAAGCCUCUGAUGUGGAGAUCCAAGCCCCCCAGUCCCAAACACAGGUCCAGAUACUUUAGCAGGAAAUAUUCCCCAAGGGAGUUGGAGUAUCUCAUCCACUUCACUGACUACUGUCCGUAUGAAGACGAAGAAGCUGUGAAACUCUUCUUUCCUUUGGGCACUUAAAUAAUAAGAUCUCACUUCAAACCCUGUCAAUAACGCACUACAAACUAUAGUAUAAAUCGUCAAAUAAAAGAAAUACGACAUGGUAUUCCCUUAAAUUUUAUGAUAAAAACUACAGUAAAAUGUAUAUAUAUUUUUGCAAAUCAAAACAUACUGCCGAUAUUAUUAUUGUAUGGCGAGACAGUCGGAGACAGAUGCUAAAAUUCAAUCCACCAUUAUAUACUUGCUGGAAAUAAAAGUGUAU